UCCCUGCCCGCCAUGAGUGCGCAAAGAUUCCGCGCCCAGGUCCUCGAAGAUUUCAAUGAGCAUUUCCAGUCCGACGAUGUCGUCUUCGCAUCCCAAAAGACCAAGCUGGCCGCCGAGCGCAAGAUGGGCGUGAAAGUCCAGCGUCCAGACGACGCCCAUGUCAACAGCUUUCCUGACCUGAUGGAGACCUUCGUGGGCGUCGAACGCGUCGUGCCGACAAGGAAAGAGCUGCCAGACGACCUUACUUUGGCGCCAGCCUUCAUUUACACCUGCAAAGGCGUCGAAUGCAACAAGGCCGAGGAUGGACGAACCCUCAUCUUCAACGCUCGUCGAAUCGAGGGCCAGUGGUUCACAACGUCGUGCCUCGUCUGUACCGAGCUCAAGAGCAAGCGGUGUGACGUUGUUAACACGCGGCUAGAGCAGCGACCUGGCGCUGAAACAAACGGCCACGGAAAGCGCCCAGCGUCCGAGGACGACGGUCACGACGACCAGGUCGCCAAGCGGCAAUCUACACGCACUUCGGCUGUUGGCACCUCAUCCGGCUCUGAGGCGGCAAAAGCAGCACCAGCUGCCUCCAAGCCAGGAUUGUUCGACAGCCCGUUCAAGCCGGGCCUCCGCGGGGAAAACGGCGGCCCACAGGGCGGUUCCGCCUUGGAAGCUCGCAGGUUGACAGAUGUUACUGCCGAGCUGAGGUUCCAGACGAGGGAGGUUGACACGCUGCGCAAGGAUCGGCAAGCGCGUGAGGAGAGGAUCAAGUCGCUGAAGGCCGAGCUGGAGGAGCAGAAGGCGGAGAACAUGGAUCUGCGCAAAAGCCAGCAAGAGGCAACAGACGAGCUCAAGGCGCAGGUCGCCGACUUGCGCAAGGCCAAGGACGCGGCUGAGAAGGAGCUGGAGUUAUCAGUGUCGCGCCGGCCAGAUGGCGCCUCCAAGUCGUCGGAACGGCAUACCGACGCGCUCAGCAAGGCCCUCGACGCGCAGGAGAAGACGAUCAACAUCCUCGAGUCGCAGCUCAAGGCGGCCAACGACAAGAUUGCCGACCUCGAGCAGGCUGCCGUUGGUACCAGUCUGCGCAAGGUCACCAAGGCGGUCGCCGACCUGACUGCGCGCUUCGACCUGGUCCGCAACGACCAUGCCGACCAGCUCUCCCUGCUCCUCAACGCCCAGCGGGAUAUCAAGGACCGGCUCGGGCUCGGCGGAGACGACAAGAUCACGGCGCUGGAAGACAGCAUUGACGAGAUUCGCGACAAGCUGGGCAUGGAGGACAAGUUGUAG